AUGGCGGAAGAGGUUGUUCUGUUGGACUACUGGGCUAGCAUGUUUGGAAUGAGGGUGAGGAUUGCUCUAGAGGAGAAAGGAGUCAAAUAUGAAUACAGAGAAGAAGAUCUGAGUAACAAGAGCCCUUUGCUUCUUGAAAUGAACCCUAUUCACAAGAAAAUCCCUGUUUUGAUUCACAAUGGCAAACCGAUCUGCGAGUCCAUCAUCCAGGUUCAGUAUAUCGAUGAAGUCUGGCCUGAUAGAAACCCCAUUCUCCCUUCUGAUCCUUACCAGAGAGCUCAGGCCAGGUUCUGGUCAGAUUACAUCGACAAGAAGACGGCCGGACCAUGCAAGGCUUUACAAAGAGAAACAGGGGAGAAACAGGAGGCAGCAAAGAUAGAAUUCAUGGAAGUACUCAAGACCCUUGACUCGGAGCUAGGAGACAAAUCUUUCUUCGGAGGAAACGUGUUUGGUCUCGUGGACAUUGCCUUUAUAGGAUUCUACAGUUGGUUUCAUACGUACGAGGAGGUGGCAAACUUCAGCAUCGUGGCAGAGUUUCCUAAACUAAUCGCUUGGGCAGAGAGGUGUUUGAAGAGAGAAAGUGUGGCUAAAGUCUUGCCUGACUCAGGUAAGGUGCUUAAGUCAGUCUCUGACUAUCGGAAGAAGAUUUUAGGAAUCAACUAG